AAAAAAACCCACGAGCAGAGAAGUUCAAUCGCAGUAUUUUGCCCCGUGGGAUCCACAUAAGGUAUAUAGAGAGAAGAUAGCUGAUGGCAGCUUGUGAGAAGAGAAUACGGAAGUGGUGACUGAUGUCGUUGGAAAGGCUUUUGGUGCAGAAGUUGGCAAUGUUCUAAGUAAUUCUCGAAAGAGGGAGUUUUUGGUUUAGUGUGUCUCAUUUGUGUCUUGUGUUGGUGGCUUUCAGCAUGGUCUCAUUUCUUUUACAGAGUAAUAUGAAGAGUCUAGACACUGUAAUUCAAUUAUUGGUUAACGACACUAGUGCACAGAAAGAAUCCACAGCUGACUUAGGUUAAGGAGAAAAUUAAUGAUGCCCACAUUGGCUUACCUUUCACCUUAAAAUGACUGAAUGCUUGGCAGGAAGUGUAAAGAGGCUUUCUGUUUGACACUAACAAUGUUCAUGUAUCCAAAAUGGGUAACAAAAAUUUCCUAAGUAUAUACUUAUUUAGUGUUGACAGUGUUGUCUGAGCAGUUGUUACAGGCUCUUGAAUAAAAUAAGUCUAAGAAGCAGGUGUUAAACUAGCAGGCAAGGGUUGUGGUAGCAACUAUAUUAUGUCCUUCUAGUCAUUGCGUGUCCUGCUGCUGCUGUGACCCCCUGAAAAAAACAUAGUCAUAUAAUGAAGCAAGUUGAAUUCUGACAGACCCUUUUGGUUCAUUGUUUUAUUUUUUCUGUUAAUUUGUAUGUGGCUAUUUUAAAAUCUUUUAAAUAUAAAGCUAGCUCAUCAGUUUUUAAGAAUUAGUGAAGAAUUAAUGUUUCUGCAACUGACAACUUUCCCUUAAGACGAGAAAAAAUACUUUUCAAAAGUCCCAAGUUUUAAAACUUGGAGCUCGCUUGGAUUAAGUGAUUGGUUUUCGGGAUGUAUUUCUGAAAAGUUAGUUACUCGUGCCUAAUAAACUAGGAUAAUUAUGCAUCAUUUGUUUUGUAUAGGAAAAAUUAAUACUGAUCUGUUUCCAAUCUUUGUUAUUGAAAAGUAGAGAACAAGUCUCAGUUUGAUGAUAGUUUAAUGAUUGUCACGGAAGUCUGGUGACACAUCAGGCAGGCUCCAAGCCCACAGUGUACCUGCGAGUGCAGCUACGUGCUGGGACAGCCUGUGUCUUGGCUGGAGGUCAGGGAAGGGCCACUGGAGUUCAUCUCCCUUCAACUCCGUUUGCAGGAAGCUUAGGAAGAUUUUCUCCUAUGCGUGGGGUGCCCACUGCAUGGAGGUUUCUUGUUAUGCCUGGGAUGAAUUUUGCUCUUGAAAUGCCUGUAAAAUUAGACUAGUGAAUUUAAGUUGUUGCACAUACAUUUGAUGUUAUUACUGCACACAGUGUUAGGUGUUGUACAGCUUAGAACCAAAAUCACUGUGUUUGAUAUUUCACUGUAUUGCAACACUUUUAAUGUCGGCUCACAGCAGUAAAAGUGCAUGUUUGUGUGGGUUGGAGAGAUGCUUUUGAUGUUCCAUACUUAAGGCACUUACAUGAAGGUGGUGGUGUAGAACGCGUUUGGUCCCAUGGCAUUGUUUCUCACAGCUGCUCUCUAAACCACAGCGAGGACUCUUUUCUUACCUCUUGUGCUCAGUGGUUUGAAAGGAGACAUUCUGGCGUAUCCCCAAGCGGGAGCUACUUCCAUGUGGGCUUCCUGCUGUGGGUUGCUGAAUGAAGUCAUGGGUACUGGAGCUGUCCGUGGCCAGCAGGCUGGCUUUGGGGGAGGUGCUGGCCCAUUCAGAUUCGCACCAAAUACAGACUUCUCAGCGUACCCAUCUCCAGCUGCGGCAGGCACUAACAUAGUUUGCAAAGCCUGUGGACUUUCCUUUUCAGUUUUUAGGAAAAAACAUGUGUGUUGUGACUGCAAGAAGGAUUUUUGCUCAGUUUGUUCAGUCUUACAAGAGAAUCUCAGAAGAUGUUCCACUUGUCACUUGCUGCAAGAAACAGCCUUUCAGCGCCCUCAGUUAAUGAGAUUGAAAGUAAAGGAUCUGCGUCAGUAUCUGAUUCUCAGAAACAUACCAACGGAUACUUGCAGAGAGAAAGAAGACUUGGUGGAUCUCGUGCUGUGCCAUCAUGGAUUAGGUUCAGAGGAGGAUAUGGACGCUAGUAGCUUGCAUUCCUCACGGUCACAGACUUCGGGCUUUUUUACUCAUCCAUUUUCUAUGUCUGUAUCGGUGUCAUCUCAAGGGGAACUCGCAAACAGAAGGGGAAGCACAGGAAAUGGAACACCUUUACGGGGACAAAUGGAAACAUCCUCUAUAAAUAAUGAAGAAGAAGAAAGUGCAGAAGAGCAGACCCCUGGAUUGUCCAGAAAGCGAGUGAGGGCAUCUUUGUCCGAUAUUUCAAGUCUGGAAGACAUUGAAGGGUUGAGUGUUCGGCAGCUGAAGGAAAUACUUGCAUGUAAUUUUGUCAACUACUCAGGAUGCUGUGAAAAAUGGGAACUUGUGGAAAAAGUGAGCAGACUAUACAGAGAGAGUGAGGAAAACCACAAGACACAGGGUGAGAAGAUGCAGCUGAAUGACAAUGACGAUAACCUGUGUCGGAUCUGCAUGGAUGCCAUCAUCGACUGCGUCCUGCUGGAGUGCGGCCACAUGGUCACUUGCACCAAGUGCGGCAAGAGGAUGAGCGAGUGCCCCAUCUGCCGACAGUACGUCGUACGGGCCGUGCAUGUGUUCAAAUCUUAAACCAAGACCAAAACCGGAUUUUAUAGUCACCCUUCCCGGAUUUCUGUGGGCAGCAGUGCUGAAUCUUGGGGCGAUGUCAGCUUUUUAGUUCUCAAUAAACACAGCAUUUUGAACAUCA